GCGCUUCGGUUCAGCACACAUUCCACGAAAAGCUAUCAGACAAAGAUCUUUUGUUAAUACGGGUGCCAGUCAAAGAGCCAAUUUCACCAUGGAUGUUCAACAACUGUUCAAAAACCUCAGGAAAGAAGCUGAAUGUCCUCUGUGCUUAGAGACAGUCAAAGAUCCCAAAACUCUGCCAUGUUUACACUCAUUCUGUUUGGUAUGCCUCGACAAACACGCAAACUACGCAAGAAGACAGCUUCAGACAGCAAUCAGAUGUCCGGUUUGUCAGGCUAGCUUUCAAAUCCCUGAAGAAGACACUUUUGGCGGCCUACCCGCGUCUUUUCAUCUCAACCGAUUGGUGGAUCUCCUUGCUCUAGCGGAUGGUGGCACAGAUUCCCAACAAUGCGGCAGUUGCGAAGAAAACAACAGUGCAACUCACUAUUGUUUUGAGUGCCAGAGCUUUCUCUGUACAACAUGUUUUGAAGCUCAUCAACGCAUCAAGGCCACAAGAGGUCACAAAAAUAUCUUUGUCAAGAAUUUGCAGGCAAGCGAUGUUGACAAGUUGAUACGCAGACCAGCCAUGUGUUCAGAGAAAUACCACCAAGAUCAGCCACUCGAAUAUUAUUGUCAAGAUUGUAACGUUUGCACCUGCAUAAAGUGCAGUGUUGUGAGUCAUAAUCACCACACAAUGGUUGAUAUGCAGAAAGCUGCAGAUGAACAAAAGAUGCAAAUAGCUGAAGCUUUGAAGAAAGUGAAAGCAGAAGUUGUUAUUUUCGAAAAUGAAAUGAAGCACCAAAUGGAGUUAAUGGACGAAAACAAAACACAAAUAUCGGCUGCAAGAGAGAAGAUGAACGAGACUGUGGACAACUGUAUUCGCUUAUUAACGGAGCAUAAAGCGUCGAUGAAUUUGAAAUUCGAUGAAAUUAAUCAAGCGCAUCAAAAAGCUCACGCAACACAUCUGGAAAACUUCCAGCUCGCUGUCACUCGGUUAAAAAGUUCUCUUGAACAAGGUGAGAACAUCUUAGAGAGGAAUAUCAAUGCUGAAAUUUUGCAAACGAAGCCAGUGAUUAUUGGACGCUGCGAGGACCUUUUGAAAGCAGAAAGACCUGCGACUUACGAACCACCCCAUGUAAAUUACGUUAUAGAACAGAAAAUGGAUGUUGUGGAUCAAGUUGUGGUGAGCCAAACAGAUCCCUCUUUGUCAAGUGUCGAAGGACUUUUGAGGGAAGUGAAAGAACAGAUAGAUACAAAUUUUGUUGUUUUCACGAGAGAUUCAUUUGGAAGACAGUGCUAUAACGAGGAUGAUCAUAUUAUGUGUGAAAUUUGCACUUCAACAGGGGAUAGUUUGGAAACAGAUCUGGAAAUUGUAGACAAGGAGGAUGGUUGCUACACAGUAUAUUAUACACCAGAUCGUGUUGGAAUAGAUGAGGAGGAGAUUGAAGUGAAGAUUGAAGUGAAUGGAAAACCGCUGGAUGAUAGUCCUUGCAGUGUUGUUGUCAUCCCUAUGUAUCAGUAUGAUUUUGAAUUUGGUUUAACUGGUAACGGACCAGGACAAUUUAAUACUCCUUAUGAUAUUGCCAUAAGUGAGGAAACAGGAACUAUUGCUGUAUCUGACUACCAAAAUAAGAGAAUUCAGCUGUUUGACUCUAAUGGCGGCUACCUGAGAGAGAUAGGACUGACGGCUAACUGCACCUCAUUAGACUUUACCAAGUCCGGUCACAUAAUUGCCGUUACUCCUGGUGACGUUCACAAAAUUUCUUUGUUUUCUAAGGAGGGUCAGUUUGUCAAGCACAUCGACAGUGAGCACUUGAAGUUUCCUUUUCAUAUAUCCACUGAUGAAGAAGAUUAUAUAACGAUAUGUGAUCAAGAGAGUAAUGAGGUCAUAGCCAUCUCUCCUGACGGAACAGGGUUAGUAACACGAAUUGCUGCUUCAGAGCAUGAUCAGUCAAUUAUGUGCGCCAUCUACCACGAAGAAACAGCCUGUUUCUUUGUCUCUGAUUCUAAGGCUGACUGUGUCAAUGUUUUUGAUGAGAAUGGAAACUUCUUGUAUGAUAUUGGUCGCGGGAGUUUACUUUAUCCUGUCGGCCUUGCUAUUGACAAAUGUAACAAUUUGAUCGUUUGUGAUACUGGGAACCAGAGACUCGUGAUAUUUACUACUGAGGGAGACUUUCUGUCAGAGACUGAACAAUGUUUCCACGCACCGUAUUUUGUUGCCGUGUCUGAAGAUGGAAACGUUCUAGUCACUGAUUAUGAGAAAAAUUGUGUUUAUCGUUUUUAUUAGACCCGUAAUCGCGAUGUACUUGUUAAAGAUAAGUCUUACAGCCUGAGCUUAGGACUCAUUCAUCAGCAUAAAACACUCUUUUAAUGAAGUAAAUGGGAAGAGUGGACAGAGGGAAGUAAGCAUCAUGAUUUUUUUUAAUUUUUGACGAGAUAGAAAUUUCAUUAGGUGCCUAUUACUUUGGACUGCCAUGGUGCAGGGUCAAAUUAAGGCAGUAAUAAAAAAUGAGAAAAGAAGUUCUUUUAAACUGCUCUUUGAAAUAGUUUUCUGGUAGUCUUCUCCCAUAUAGAUAUGGGAAGAUCAUUCCAGUAGUAACAUCUAAUGAUUGUUGGACAGAAUAUCCUUAGAUAUUUUUAU